CCUGGGACGAGGGAGGAAGUGGGAAAUAUGAGUGAGCUUGUAAGAACAAGAUCCCAAUCCUCAGAAAGAGGAAAUGACGAAGAGUCUUCCCAGCCAGUUGGAUCUGUGAUUGUCCAGCAGCUCGCUGAGGAAAAACGUCAAGAAGAAGAAGCACCAACUGAAAAUCAGGGUAUUGCCCCUAGUGGGGAGAUCCAAAAUGAAGGAGCACCUGCUGUUCAAGGGCCUGACGUGGAAGCUUUUCAACAGGAACUGGCUCUGCUUAAGAUAGAGGAUGAGCCUGGAGAUGGUCCUGAUGUCAUGGAGAGGACUCAGCCCACUUUUGAUCCCACUAAAGUGCUGGAAGCAGAUUCUUUGAAGGUAGUUCAGAUGCCAAAUGACUGCCUUACACACUAUUAG